AUGGAACCUCCAAUACCGGAGCCGAUCGACCCUCAAAUCCUUCCGUGUGGUGCUCACGAAACACCAGACCUGCCCCGGUCGAUGUCUUCACGGUCCGAUCUUCCCAGGAAGCCUGAGAAAGACACGUUGCAGACAGAUGAUGCGACAUAUGCAACCAAACACGAGGAGGAAUAUGUCACGGGGAUCAAGCUGUACAUGAUAUUGGCUGCUCUGGUCCUUGCUCAGUUUGUGGUGAUGCUCGAUAUAUCCAUCAUGGCCACGGCCAUUCCCCGGAUCACCAAUACCUUCAACUCCCUUCUCGAUGUGGGAUGGUACGGAAGCGCAUACCAACUCGCGAGUGCAUCUUUGCAGCCCUUGACCGGCAAGAUAUACACAUUCUUCAGGACCAAGUGGACGUUUUUCGCAUACUUCCUCCUCUUCGAGCUAGGAUCAUUGCUCUGCGCGGUAGCCACAUCCUCCACAAUGUUGAUUGUCGGCCGAGCCGUUACCGGUAUGGGCGCGUCAGGCGUGUUGACCGGUGGCCUCACCAUCGUCGCGGCCUGUCUUCCAGAAGAUCGACGGCCGACAAUCUUAGGAGUCAUGAUAGCAAUCGGACAACUUGGUCAGGCCUGCGGUCCCCUCAUCGGAGGAGCAUUUACCGAGUACGUGUCAUGGCGCUGGUGCUUCUACAUCAACCUUCCCAUCGGCGGCAUUAUCGCCGCGCUUCUCACCCGCAUUCACGUCCCGGAACGGAUUGCGAAACCACAGCUACGAAAGGUCCUCGGUACUGCCGUCGAGUCCUUGGAUCUUCUGGGAUUUGCAAUCUUCGCCCCUGCGUCCAUUCAGUUUUUCCUCGCGCUACAAUAUGGCGGUAACCAGUAUCCCUGGAAUAGUCCCACCGUCAUUGGCCUGUUCUGCGGAGCCGGCGUCACCCUUAUCCUUUUCCUCGGGUGGGAAUACCGCAGGGGCGACGCGGCCAUGGUUCCCUCUUCAAUCCUGCGCCAGCGUAUCGUGUGGUCGAGCUGUGCGGUCCUGUUCUUCCAAAUGGGGGUGCUGGUCUGUGCAGCCUACUACCUUCCCAUCUACUUCCAGGCGGUCAAAAAUGCGUCGCCACUGAUGAGUGGUGUCUAUAUGCUUCCCAACAUUUGUUUCCAGAUCCUCAUGGCCUUGGUAUCCGGUGGCCUUGUUCAAAAAGUCGGAUACUGUCUACCUUGGGUAGUAGCUGGCACCACGUUCUGCGCCGUGGGGUUCGGCCUCCUCUCGUUGCUGACUCCAACGUACUCGACCGGCGCACGCAUUGGAUACCAGAUCUUGUUCGGGAUUGGCGGUGGAUGUGUAUUGAGCAUGCCUUAUAUAUCGAUCCAAAACCUCGCCGCACCCGCUCAAACUCCCAUUACCAUGGCCCUCCUGCUCUUCUGUCAGAACUUUGGCGGAUCCAUCUUCCUCACCGUUGCGCAGACGGUGUUCAGCAACAGCCUGAGAGAUGCCAUUUCGACGAAUGUUCCCGGCGCCAACGUCGAAGCAAUCGUGGCAGCUGGCGCCACCGCGUUCCGGACCGUAGUCUCGAGUGCGCAACUGAAGGGCGUCCUUGACGCCUACUGCACGAGCAUUACCCAUGUCUUUUACCUGGUCUGUGGAGUGGCAGUCUGCGCUUUUUGUUCCGGAUGGGGGCUAGGGUGGAGGGAUCUGAGGGUGAAAAAGAGCCGGUCUCCGUCUCAACCAGCGCCAUAG